CCUCACUUCCAUCCACCAACUCCUAUCUACUCCCCAUCGCAAGCACCUAUCCAAACGAAUCCCAAAAUCUCACCAGAUCUACCCACCAGGAAACACAAAAUGCCCAAGCACAUCGUCUUCGACGUCGUCGGCACCCUAAUCACCUACCCAUCCCUCAUCUCAACCCUGACCAACCGCCUGGGCCCCCAACUCCUCGCCCAAAACAUAACCCCCAGCCACCUGAUCGCAACAUGGUUCGAAGUCGCCGAGCGCGAAUACGCAUACCUCAGCAUCAGCAACGCCUACCUCCCCUUCGACACCUGCUUCGAGAACCUCUUCUACCGCACCCUCUUCAUCGCAGGGAUCCGGGAUCCGAAGGCGUUCGCGUCGCGAGAGGAUCUCGAUGCCGUGUUGCAGGCGUAUAAGAGUCUGACGGCGCGUGAGGGCGCGGCGGAAUGUGUCAGAUUGCUUACAGAGGCAGGGUUUACGGUCUGGGGACUCACGGCGGGGAGUAAGGUUAGGGUGAGUGGGUAUUUGGAUGCUGGGGAGGUGGGCAUUCCCGAGGGGAGGUUGUUGAGUUGUGACGAGGGGGGUGUGGGGAAGCCGGAUUUGAGGGCUUAUCGGCCGUUGUGGGAGAGGUUGACGACGGAUGAACGAGGAGAGGACGAAGGGGUGUGGUUUGCAGCCGCGCAUGCGUGGGAUGUUUCGGCUGCGAGGAGGGUUGGGUUCAAGGCGGCGUAUUGUACGGCGUUGGAGGGAGAGCCCAUUCCUGAGUUGUUUGGCGAGAUGGAUGUGGUUGGGGAGUCGCUGGUGGAGAUGGCGAAGGGUAUUAUUACGGCACAGGGAGGUAGAUGAGCUGGUGGAUAUAGGACCUGAACUUCAACCCAGGCACAAAGAUGUGUCCCCUGAUGGAUCAGGCCAACUCCAUAUCCAGGGUUGAAUAGCGACAAAAAGCUUAAACUAUGACGACAGACAUACGGAUUG